AGUGUCCUGUCUGCCGGAGAAGAUCCUCAAAAGAUCGUCUUCCAUUAAAUCUUGCAUUAAAGAACUUGUGUGAGUCGUUCCUGAAGGAGAGGAAUGAGAGGCGUUCAUCAGUUUUUGAGGAGAUCUGCAGUUUACACAGUGAGAAACUCAAACUCUUCUGUCUGGAGGAUAAACAGCCGGUUUGUGUCGUGUGCAGAGAUUCACAGACACACGUACGUCAAUCACACAUUCAGACCCAUUGGUGAAGUUGUUCCAGCUUUUAAGUCUCAAGCUGAGCACACAGAGCAUCAGAUUAAACAGCAGUUUGAGAAGCUUCAUCAGUUCCUCAGAGAUGAAGAAGAAGCUACAAUCACUGCACUGAGAGAGGAAGAGGAGCAGAAGAAGCAGAUGAUGAAGGAGAAGCUGGAGGAGAUGGACACGCACAUAUCAGCUCUUUCACACGCAAUCAAAGACAUGAAGGAGAUGAUAAGAGCCAAUGACGUCUGCUUUCUGAAGAAGUUUCCAGUCUCAAUGGAAAGAGUCCAGAUCUCACAGCCGGAUCCACAGAUGACUUCUGGAGCUUUGAUUCAUGUGUCACGAUACUUGGGCAACCUGCCGUUCAGAGUCUGGAAGAAGAUGCAGGACAUCAUCCAAAACACUUCUGUGAUUCUCGAUCCAAAAACUGCAGAUCCAUUUCUCGCCCUGUCUGAAGAUCUGACCAGUGUGAGAUGGAGCGAGAAUAAACAACCUCUCCCUGAUAAUCCAGAGAGAUUUGACUGGUAUCACUGUGUUCUGGGUUCAGAGGGCUUUAACUCGGGAACACACAGCUGGGAUGUGGAGGUCAAAGAGAGUUCAUACUGGUGUCUUGGAGUAACUACAGCAUCAAACCAGAGGAAGGGUCGUGUUUUCUUUAACACUGAUGUCUGGUGUGGACGGUACAGACUAACUGGGUCUGGUUUUCGUGUUGAACAGGAUCUUGAGCGUGUGAGAGCUGAUCUGGACUAUGACAGUGGAUCGGUGUCAUUCUCUGAUCCUGUAACACACAUCUACACACAUUCACAACCACCUUCACUGAAACGCUCUUUCCAUUCUUCUGUUCUGUUCUUCCUUUCUAAGGAUCUUACCGGUCAAAAGUCAGUAAAAGUUACUCCUGUAGAUCUGGAUUGAGAUUUGUUUGUGUAAAUCUGUAUGUGUAAAUCAUCUGUCCCCUCCAAACUUCUUCAGACAAGGACUCUUCCUUUUCAGUCCUAAUUUCCAUGUCCCUGCCGUAGGGUCCUAGCUGUAGCGUUUAGCCAUCCUACAUGAUUAAUCCAAAUCCAAAUUAUGGGUUUAGCCUGUUGUGCCAUUUCAUUGGUGUUAUGUAUACACUAUAUUGCCAAAAGUAUUGAGACACCCUUCCAAAUUAUUGAAUUCAGGUGUGUUCCAAUCACUUCCAUGGCCACAAUUGUAUAAAAUCAAGUGGCAUGAAGACUCCUUCUACAAACAUUUGUGAAAGAAAGCUUUCUGGGGCUCUGUGAAUUCAAGCGUGGUACCUAUAGGUUAGCACCUGUGUAAAAAAGUCCAUUCAUGAAAUUUCCUCACUAUUAAAUAUUUCAUGGUCAACUGUUUGUGGUAUUAAAACAAAGUGGAAGCAAUUGGGAACAAAGCAACUAAAUUUUAGG